AUGCCGUCAAGCAGCACAGUUGCAGUAGAGGCCACGGCUGCACUGCGCCAGGAGGCCAUGACAGAUGGCUUCAACGAUGCAGAGAGAGCAGCACCUGGGGCGGACGAUGUACAGAUAGCGCAUGCAGCUUCACCCCCCGCCCCCGUCGCUGCCGCCGCUGCACCUGGAAACGCGAGCGGCACUCCUAGGCCGAGUGCACCACAGCUGAACUGCCAGGCAGCAGUGGUGCGCAUUGGUGACAUGUUUGGGGAGUUCUCCUGCAGCGUGUUCCGUGUAGGUGCUGGCAGUGACGUUUGCGGGGCCGAUAGUCCGUCUUUACACGCAUCGCGGGCAGCCGCAUCUUCGCGGGGCUUUUACAAGCGUGCCGGCACGUCCAUGUCUUCGCCGGCGGCCGCAACGCUGACGGAAAUGGCGGCGAACCGCCCGCACGACAGCCAGCACGAAGGAGCCGCCGCUGCUGCCGCCGAUGCUAUCACCACGCGAGCCGGGUCGCUUGGCACGGCGUCGACCAUGGCGGCUGUGGAUGGCGCAGCCACAGCAGGCGUAGGUUACCCUGUCAACUGCGAGGUGGAGGGGGUGCCUCGGUGGGAGCUGCUCAUCUACGCGGUACUGCACGAAGAGCAGGGCGGUGGCGCCGUGGCGUCGUCUGGCCCUCGAAACCAGUACCGCGCUGAGCACACCAGUGCUGCCCCUCAACUCCCUGGCGAUGUGUCGGCAGGAGCAUAUGACGACAGCAAGGACGGCGGUGAUGACGAGUGCCCCUUGCCGGAUGGCGCCAAGUUGUACUUUCAGCAGACGAUGCCAACGACGAAGCUGUCCAAGGUGGUUAAGCUGGAGGCGGGGCGGCGUUAUACUGUGCGCGUGCGCUGCUACAGCCGAGCCAGUGUGCGCUGGAGUGCGUGGUCGGCACCGAUCCAGACUGCCACACUGUUUCCCGUCGAGACGCGCCUUGGCGAGAUCGGCUCUGACUACGUGCAUUGCACUUGGGACCGUUCGGCGCAGCGCAACGAGGACGGGUUGGCGUGCGAGACGGAUGUCGCGACGAUGGAGUGGGUGCGCAGCAUCCCUGACUUUGAGCUACGGGUGCUGCGAGAGUCCGACAUGGCGGAGCACUACCGCGGCACCUUCGAGACCGGCUGCCGUUCUACUACCAUACGCGACUUGCAGUCCGGGACGCGCUACAUUGUGCUCAUGCGGUACCGCACCGUCAUUGGCACCAUGCGGGAGUGGACAGAGGUUACGCGGCUGAUCACGGAGAGUGCGCUGGAGGUGCGACUCAUCGCUCGUGGCGAGGACAUCUUUACUUUCUCCUGGGCCCGCGAAGCGCAGGAGGGUGCCGCAAAGGCGCCAGCCAGGAAGCCGACUUCGACCACCGUUGCCAAUGACCCGCUGUUCGACGAGGCGCACGACGACGAUGCCGCCGUCGCCGCCUUCGGCUAUCUGCAGCCACGAACGACUGUGCACAAGUACGAGGUCACCAUCGAGAGCACCGGGCUGCGCUUUGACCCGAUCACUGUGCCCGCCUCCGUCUGCCAGUACACAAUGGCAGAGAUGUUCCCGAGCACAACGUACUCGGUCUGCGUGCGCGCAUUUUCGGCUGAGGGGCGGUGGAGCGGCCGCUCCGCCCCGCUCAAGUUGCGCACGGCGGCCCGUCCCGUCGUAUCAGUGGCCAUCAUCGGGGAGUCGUUCGCGUCGUUUACGUGGUCGCGUAAGGGUGUGGAGGAGCCACACGAGUCUCAGCUACAGUACCGCGUGCAGAGCAUGACCUCUGCGUAUCACCAGGCCGAGACCAUCGACCUCGCACCGCCGUCGUUACCGACGGAGCAUCCGCGCCGUCUGCUGCACCUCGAGCAUCUCCGCUCCGGCAGCGACUACACCGUCUCUCUCCGCAUCGCGAUCGAGGGCACAUGGGGGAUCUGGACGGAGCCACAGCGCUUUACAACCGCGCCGAGCCUCGCGCUCACGUUUCUCGAGCGCGGGGAGGACUUCCUUACGUUGAACUGGCCUUCCCCCGGUCUCGUACCCGCGCCGAGGCAGGACGAGCCCAGCGGUGCAGCUGCCGAGCCACUGCCGAUCUACAACAUCGUCGUCGUGAAGGUGGACGGUCUUGGUGAGCGGACGGUCGUGCUCAACGAGCGCGUCACGCGCGACCCUAGCCAGCGCGGCUUCCGCGUCAACGACCUCGAGGCUGACACAACUUACGACGUGCAGUGCCGAACGUGGCAGCACAACCCCCUGAACGGGUUUGAGGACUGGGGAGAGAUGUCGACGCCAGUGCGAAUGUGCACGCUGCAGGCCGUCGCCCUGCACGUCUGGGACGUCGGCGAGGAUUUCAUUCACAUCAUCUGGCGCCGCGGACUGUCGGAGGCAAGCACGGCACUGGCAGAAACCGCGAGCGCCACUGGUGAUGACGCAGCGGCUGCGGCAGCCGAGUGGGACCACCUGAGAUACGAGGUGGUGAUGGGAUGCGUGGAGACCGGCGAGGACGCGAUGCUGCACCGCCACGUCCUUGACACGAGCUACACCUUUACUCAACUGAAACCGUCGACGACCUACACGAUCGCCGUGCGUGCGUGCGAUGAGCAUGGGCAGUGGGGCUUGUGGAGCCGUGCUAAGGUCCGCACGCCCCCCUCCAUGAAGACCACCAUUCAUGAGAUCGGCGAGGAUUUUGUGCGACUGGUGUGGCAGCGGUGCGCUGCGCGGGACGACGCCGAUUUGAGCGGCGUGACGGUGUCCGAUAUGUUCGUCGCCAAGUACAGUAUUCUCGUGUACGGGCGGGAGCCACCUGGUAUGCCGGUGGCGCCGCAUACGCAGAGCGGCUACGAGGCUGGCGGCGGGCGCUCCGACAUUGUCCGAUUUGAAGUCGUGCCGAGCGAGCACACGUCGUUGCGCGUCGGCGACCUUCUUCCCGACCGUGAGUACGUUGCCGUGGUGCGGGCGGCCACGUCGAGCGGGCGGUGGGGACUGUGGAGUCGCCCGGUGCGCUUCCGCACGAACCCGCAGUUCCGAAUUCCAACCCAGCAGCUGACGAUUGGCGAGAACUACGUGAAGGUUGUGUGGGACCGUGGCGAGGCAGAGGCGUCUCAGCCGGCACCCGUCGAGCAGGACGACAACAGCGAUGACGGAGAGGUGCACCUCGGCGACUGGAGCGUCACCGGGCAGGAGCUGCGCAUCAGCGGUGUGACGACUCAGUACACGAGGCAGUAUGCUCUUGACGCGGAUGUGCGGGAGCUGAAGGUGUGUGAGCUGCUGCCGGCUAGCGCCUACACGAUUCAGAUCCGAGUGCGAGGACGUUCGGGCAGCUGGGGCCUGUGGUCCGCUCCGGUGCCCAUCCUGACGCGUGGCACCAUCGCCGUCGCGACGGACGAGGUGGCCGAAGACUUCAUCACGGUGCGGUGGGAGCGGCGCAAGGCCGCAAAUCCGCAUCAGUACCCCACCGGCCAUGGCGUCGUAACGUCAUAUCACCUGCGCGUCUACAACGCGUGUGAGGUGCACACGGAGACCUUCCUGGGCGACGGCGACUGCCCGUACCGCGUGACGGGGCUCAAGGCGAACACAUACUACUGCGUCGAGCUCAAGGCGAACUACAAUGACGAGGAGUGGGGUCUGUGGAGCGUGCCGCUGUGGUGUCUGACGAUGCAGCCCAUGCGAAUUGAUGCCAAGCUCAUCUCAGAGGAGCUCUGCUGUCUGCAGCUCAAGCGUCCCAGUCAGCAGCGCCGCCUGCCGGAGGACGACGGCAACCCACCAACGGCGGAUCGCAUCCUGGCGCACGGCAAGCUGCGCCCGAUGAUCAUGCUCUGCGUCACGUCACCGGUGUUAUGCAAGGCACCAUACCACAGCGCUGCCGUCGCGCCAGAGCAGUCGAAGGCGGCGUACCUGAACGAUGCUUUGCCACCCGAUGCCGCGCAGCAGCGGCUCAUCUAUCAGACAGAGCUUCUGAACAGCGCCGAGACGGUGGAGUACACAGUGCCAAACCUCAAGUGCAACACGGUGUACAGCGUGUCGGUGCGCACGAAGCUGGCAAAUGGCGAGUGGGGCAUGUGGUCCCCAUCGCUCGUCUUCGCCACGGUGCCAGCCAUGCGAGUCUCCUUCACCACCAUUGGCGAGAGCUUCGCCAGCGUGGAGUGGGUGCGGCACUCGCAGGUCGUCCCGCCGCAGAUCGCGAACCCAGAGCAGGUGGUGUUCGGCGUUGCUACGAUCACCGCCUCGCGAGUGCGGGUGCGGGAGAGCGGCGGCGCCUACCAACACACGUACACGGUAGAGGGCGCGACGAGCUCGCUGCGCAUCGACCAUCUGACCCCGGCGACCACCUACAUGGUGUGUGUGCAGACCUUCAACGACGGCUACGAGUGGGGUGUGUGGAGCGAGGAGCAGAAGGUGCGAACAGUGCCUGGGAUGGACAUCCACGUGCAGCACGUCUCGGAGGAUGCGCUGUGGGUGUCGUGGUCGCGCCGCACCGACCUCCACGUCGCCGGGGACGCCAACACGGUUUUCAACGUCAACAUCUCCGCCCGCGCGUAUGAGGUGUGCCUCAUCGGCGAGGGCGGCUUCACCUAUAGUCAGGAGAUGGACUCGACAAGUCUGUUUUUCCGCGGGCUGAUGCCGGACGCGGUGUUCACGAUUUACGUGCGCGCGCUCUUUGUGCAGUCGGAGUACUGGGGACUGUGGUCGGCGCAGGCCUUCCGCACAAAGCCACGAAUGCGCGUCACGUUUGGCAACAUCGGCGAGCACUUCGUCAUGCUGGAAUGGCGCCGCCACCUGCCGAAAUCGACGGACGCGGAGGUGCGACUGCUGCUGAAAGACGAGGGCAGCACCGUUGCGGACCGCCAGCGAUUUUCCAUCGCGGAGACAGAGGAUGUUGUGCAGCUCUACCGCUUCAAGGUCCAGCGCGUCGGCGAGGCGCACAGCGUGAUCUACAACAUUGCCCCUACCGUGAGUGGGUUCUGCCUUCAUGACCUGCAGCCCUCGUCGGAGUAUCGCGUGUGGGUGUGUGCGAAGGGACACGAGGGUGUGUGGGGCUUCUGGAGCGAGGAGUCGCGGGUGCGCACGCUGCCGCGGCUACGACUAGAGGUGCUGAAUAUCGGUGAGGACUACGUGCGAGCACAAUGGAGGCGAGGGGCGUGGGAGGGGACGUGCAUGGCGGAUGACGAUGGUGCAGAGGUCCGGCAGGUCGACGGGGCUGUCAGCGGGUACGAGAUUCGGGUAAUGGACGGUGCCAGCACGGUUGGCGCCACAAGCACGACGACGUUCCGCGAAACCACCGCCACACUUUCGGGCCUACGGCUUUCGACACUCUACACGGUCCAGGUGCGGGCCAAGGACACGUACGACGCGUGGGGGCUCUGGAGUGACCCGGUACCGUUCUACACGUUGAAGCCCGUCGGCGUGAGGCUGCAGCGCGUCGGCGAGACGUUUGUUGACGCGCAGUGGUCGCGUCCGAUGCACCGCCUGCACCUGCAGCACGCACAUAGCGAGUUGGCCGAGGUUGGCAGCGACGUGGCAGGGAUGCAGAUGGACGAGAAGGGGGUGCUGCACCCCGAUGAACGCGUGGCGCGUUGGCACUUGCGUGUGUCGUGCAAUCGCGUCUUUGCUGGCAUGCCGCAGACGGAAGACUACCGCGAGCUGUACGCUGAGGAAGGGGAGCAGGCGCUCCGCAUCGAUGGGCUGCUGCCUCACGCCACCUACUUCAUUGCCGUGCGCGGCCUCAACCAUGGCGGUGACUGGGGCCACUGGAGCCCAUCGGCCGAGGUGACCACGUGUCCGUUGCUGAAGGUCGGAGUGGAGGUGGCUGGAGAGACCUUUCUGCAGGUUGCGUGGCAACGGCCAGCAACGAGGAGCGGGCUGUGGACGACGGCAGCGGCGGACCGGCACGGCGCCAACGGCAGCGCUGAGGUGAGUGCGUCAGUCAGCGAUAGCGGCGUGCAUGACAGCACGCACGGCGAGGUGCAGCUCCUCGAGAACAAGUCGCAUGUGUUGAACACGGUCGGUUCCCACGCCGGCGCAUCGCACGGCGGGAACGGUGACGAGGAGGAUGAGUACUCCGCGCUACCGUUCUUCCACAGCACGCCGCUGGGGACGUACCUGUGCUUUCCAUCCGAUUCAGGGGAGCACAACUUCCAAGUGACGAUCCGCCCGAUGCCGACGGAGUCGCCGUUUGACGAGACAGACGAGCCGCUCGUCGACGGCGCGCGCGUGUAUGAGACAACGCAGCCGGCGCUGCGACUUGGCAACCUUUUGCCGGGCACUCGCUACGCCAUAUCGGUGCGAGAGCAGCAGGUGGAUGAAGAGGGUUGCCUUGUCGCGGGCGAGUGGGGCGCACCGUCAGAGCUGGUCUGCACGCAGACGGUGCCGCCGAUGCAUGUAACUACGCAGGAGAUUGGUGAAGACUACUGUAUGGUGGAGUGGCGCCGCGCCGCUGAGGCGCCUGCCGCGGACAACUCCGCGCACGGUGCACCUUCCAUAUCAGCAGUGGGCUGGACCACAGCGGCGGCAGCGAUGCUGACCACCGCUGUCUGGACGAUGGCUUGUUACAAGUCUGUCGAGUUUGAACUGCAAACGCGCCGCCUGAGCAUGGAUGGAACGGCGCUGCAUGACGACCCUCUCUUCCUGGACUCCGUCGUCUCGCUGCCGAGCAGCGUCACUGCGCACCACAUAUCGGGCCUUGUCCCCAGCAGCGUCUAUGAGGUCCGCGUGCGGGCGAAGAUAGAGAACGGGCAUUGGGGGAUGUGGAGCCCGGCGACGCGCUUCGUGACGCAGAGCCGCGUCGAACUGCACGUCGAUCAAGUGCAGGAGGUAGCGGUACUUGUUUCAUGGUGCCGCCCGCGUGCAAUGCACACGUGCAGCAGCACCAUCAGCCGAGUGCAGACCGAGAAGCGCGAGUGGUGCCUGACAACGGGGCCUGCGGAGAACGAGGAGGGCUUGAACAGCGGGGAUGCAGCCGAGGAGCAGGCGGAGUUGUCCGGCUCCGAGGUGGCACGUCCUGCGACGACAAACGAGAUUUUUGGCUCGCAGGUGAUUCAGGCGGACUAUUCGGUGCGCGAGUACGAGCUCAUCCUUGAAGGAAUUAGCGUUGACGAUCGGCGGCGCCUCAUCUUCACGCAGGACACUCAGUCUACCCUCAUCGAAGACCUUCAGCAGGACCAGCUGUACUGCCUUUCGAUUCGGUCUCUCAGCGAGAAGCAGCACUGGUCGCGCUUCUCGACCAAGGUGACGGUUCUGACGCUGGCAUGCGUGCAGGUGCAGGUGGCGCAGCGCACGGAGUGCACCGCGCGGCUGGAGUGGUUCAGGCCGCAACCGAAUGUGGGCAAGUUUACCGAGCUGCUGGCGGGCCACCAGCGAGACGCCCUGCACCAGUGCGACGACCGCGAGCGACGCGAGCUGCUAGAGAUGAAGCGCAAGAUCCAGGACCAGGAGAGCAAGGGGGAGCCCACGACAGCGGUGGCUGGCUGGAUAAACCCUGUGGCGCGCGAGGAGCACAACACUCUGCUGCGGGAGGAGGCCACACGGCACUACCAGGCUGAGCACAUCGUGGUGGGCGACGCGGACUGCACCGGCUAUGAGCUAUUCGUGACACUGCAGAAGGGAGAAGUCUGCCUGCCCUUCAUCGCCGCCAUCGAGACGCUGCGACGACGUCGGCCAAGCGGGGCGACGACAGCGGUGAGCACGCGUGAAAAGGCGAUGGCCACGAAGCGAAGUGUGCACGCCGGCUCGAUGAUGACCGGCGGCAACCGCGGCUUCGCCGGCGCCGGCAAUGGCAGCUUCCCCGACUCCAGGCGCCACGAGUUAGUCAAGACGCCAACAUCCCCUGAUUCAGCGCCAGCUGCGAGUCUGCCCGCCACCGCCGACUCCGUCCCCCUGCUGAAUGUGCAGCUGCGUUCGUGCGUGUCGCAGGUCCUUCUGCAGGGGCUGAGUCCUAACGCCAUCUUCUCGGCGCAGGUCCGCGCACGCGGUGUGCCAGACUCGUGGCAGCCGUGGAGCCGACCUGCCGUGAUAGAGACGCUGCCUCUGCUACAGCUCGACCAGAGCCGCUUCGGUGAGCACUACAUCAACCUGUACUGGUACCGCGGUGACCCGGGCACGAUGGAUGCGCUGUCGCAGGAGGCGGAAGAGUUCCGACGACUCCAGCGCGAGUUCCACAACUUCACCGAGCGCGGCCUGGAAGAGCAGCGGAGCGUUCUGGGGGCGGCGGCGUACACAUCACUUGUGAACCGUCUGCGCCGGCUGCGCAUGCUGCGGCGACUCUCCGCGGCUCGCGCAAAGCAGCAUGCGGAUGGCGAAAUGGGGCUGCUGGUGGACCCUUCGUGCCCUGUGCAGGGCUUCCAGCUGCGCGUCAUUGAUGAGGUGGGCACCAUCUCGGAGAACUACCUGCCCAACAACCAAUACCACGACCUCAGCGCCCCGCCGACGCUUAGCUUUACCGCGACUGGGCUGCAUCCGAACAGCUUGUACGUGUGCUGCCUGUGCCCGUACUACGGCGACGACGUGUGGGGGUGCUGGACGGCGCCGCUCAAGUUCAUGACGCACCACAUCAUCCAGCUCGAAAUGACGUACAUCAGCGAGACCUUCGUUGACCUGCAGUGGUGGCGACUGGACAACAAGCCAACUUCUCCGCUGGACGAGCACGAUACCUUGCUGAGUAGCCGCUACACAGAGGAGGUGCAGGUAUAUCAGCUCCGCAUCACGCACGAGGAUGCCGUAACAGGUCAAGAGGUGGAGGAGUUCCGCAAUAUGCGGGCCUGCAACGUGCUGCGGAUCGAUGCGCUGCUGCCGGACAUGAAGUACACCAUCGCCGUGAGGGAGUGGGAUCCAAAGGGCGAUUGGGGCUUGUGGUCGGCCGCGUGCUCGUGCGUCACAUUACCCAGCAUCGAAACGACCGUGACGGAUGUGAAGGAGAGCAGCGCGAGGGUGUCAUGGCGUCGCAUGACGCCGCGAAUCGACUACGAGAACGACAUGCACGUGCUCGAGGACAACUCCGAGAUAACUGGGUUCUACCUGCGACUGGAGGAGGUGCCACUGCGCACGAGCUCUGCCACGGCGUCACUGAGGGUGAGAGCUACGUCAGCCCGCCACUCGUCUUCGCCGGCGGGCGUCUCCGACUCGUGCUCGGACGAAGUAGAGGUGCUGUCGAUGAGCAUGGGUGACGUCGGCAUGUCGAACAACUCCUUCCACGACGCCGCAGAUACGCCUUUGGAAGAGAAGCCGCGGGCCGCCGAAGCUGACGAGCUUGAAGGCACGCUGGCGUUCGGCUUCCAGCGCGGCGGCCCUCUGCCACCGGAGGCGCACCCGCAGCUGCACGACGGACUCGUGCCCGACAGCGUUGACGACCGCGGCGGAGCAGCCCGGCCGUUAGGUGGUCAGCGCCAGCACUACCUGCUCGUGAAGCGGAUCACUUCCAGCACGGAGCUAGAGUCUCACCUCAGCGAUCUGCAUCCCCAGACGGUCUACCGGGUGCAGGUGAUGGCGGAAACGACGGGUGGGCAGGUGGGGCCGUGGUCGGCGCCGCAUUUCUUCAUCACCACGCCGCAGCUGCGCCUCUCCGCCGACCUCAUUGAUGAGCACUACGUCUCACUGCAGUGGGGGCGGCGGCCGCUGGCCCCGCUAGCGGCUCGGAUUGGCGGUUGCAGGGGCACCAGCAGCAGCGGUGCAGCUGGAUUCUUCCCGGAGAGCAGCACCUUUGAAGGCAUGGAUGGGGGCGGGAACACGGCAGCGGCGGCGGCAGGCGUGUUGGUGACGCUACCGACGGCGAAGGUGCUUCACUACGAGCUGGAGGUGUGCGGUGGAGUGGGGAUCGACUUCACAUUCUCCACUCGCAUCGAGUCGGCUGCCGCAAGCGGUGCCUUUCGCGUCACAGGACUGGCCUUGGACUCUGUGUACGUCGCGCGAGUUCGCUCCUUCAGCGACGCGGGAGAGGCCAGCUUCUGGUCGCCUGUGCUCACCUUCGUGACACUCCGGCAGCUGGUCGUCCACCCGCAGGAGAUCACCGAGAGCACCAUCGAGAUGAGCUGGGCUCGCCCCGAGCAAAUCCCAGAGCACUACCUGGCCUGCGCGGCCUUCGACACAGCGGCCGGCAUGGAGACGAAUGCAGCGCUGGCUACUGCGCCAGCGAUGUCGGAGCUGUCUGGCUCAACCACUACGCUGAUGGUGCAGUCGGCACCCUCUGCAGUGCGCGGUCGCCGAGCGGUGUGCGUCGGCGACCGCGAAGCCGUGAAGUACCAACUACGUGUCUAUCACGCCAUGGAACAGACGGCACCGCGGAUGCUCAUGGACAAGCACCUUAACGGCAACGUCACGAAGUUUCUGGUGCACUCGCUUUCUCCGAACAGUGUGUACCUGCUCUACGUGCGUGCGAUCAACUGCGACGGUGUGUGGAGCGAGUGGUCGGAGGGGCGCUGCGUCUACACGAUGAAGCCGCUGGUGUCCAGCAUUGCCACCGUCGGCGAAGAUUUUGUUCGGGUGCUAUGGGCCCGCGAAGCUCCAGAGGAGCUGCACUACACACCAAGCACGGCGAACACCGCCACGGGUGCAGGAAGCCACAGGCGCAGCGUCGCCGCCGCCGCGACUGACACGGAUGGUGAGGGUGAGGAGGACGAGGCGACGGAGCACGUCGGACGCCCGCUGCCGGACGACGCUGACUCUGAGGCGCAUGUGAGCUCGCCGAACAAGCCGAGCACGGACUCGCCAGACGCGUCGCGAAUGUGGCAGCAGGAGCGUCGCUUCCGUCUGCACGAUCAACCUGCCGAGGUCGGCGUUGUUUACUCCAGCGCCCUCACGUCGAUUCAGUCCUUCACCAUCUCCGUCCGCCGCUCGGACGAGGCGGAGGGGCGCAUGGUCGAGGUACCUGGGCACGUGAGCAAGCACACGCUACCGGCGCUGCAGCCCGACUGCGUUUACCUCAUCUGCGUCCGCGCCCAGUACAGGAGCGGGGAGCGCGGCCCGUGGAGCGACGUUGUGCUUAGCGGCACCUACAACCUGUUGGCCAUGGACGUCAAAGAGGUCGGCGAGGACUACGUCUCGGCCAGCUGGCAGCGCAAGCCGAACACCAUCCACAUGGCAUCGCUGCAAAUUGGCCAGGUGGAGGAGACGGUGUGCUACGAAGUUCGGAUUCGCGAUUACACGGACGUCCCACUCGGCGAGGAGGAGGGCGAGGCGGCCCAGCACCGCGACAGCGAGGGCCGCAGCGUCUUCUUGCACGCGAAUCAGCGCCACAGCAUCCUGCGCGAGGUACUAUCGAACCAUCGGUACCGCCUCUCUGUGCGGCGCUGGUAUCGUCCACGCGACGGCUUCGCAAAAGCUCCGUUGGCGACGGGACCAGCGACAUCGACCUCGACGACGCGCAACUUCAUCACCAACGCGUUAGAGGAGCACAGGAGCGUCGGCGAGGACAACGACCAAGGCGAAGCAGAGGAGGAGGAGCAGAAGAGGACGACAGAGGAGGGGGAGGUGAUGCCGUUGCUGCCCGCCGCACAGACGGUGCUGCAGCUGUACGAACAGACCACACACACCGUGAUGGACGCGACUCUGCGCGAGUCGAUGGAGAAGGCGAAGGCUGCCCCGGGUGUGUGGAGUGACUCCGAGUACGUCGUGACGCUGCGCGACAUGGUGUGCUCGGUGGAGCGCGUCGGGGAAGAGUACUUCCAGCUCCGCUGGGCUCGCGACCCGCGCGCUAUACCGCUGCCAGUGCGCCGCGCUAUGCCGGUGAAGCCGAUCCAGAACUACCAGCUUCGCAUCGACGAGCUGCUGCGCAACGGGUCAGGGGUGGAGGCGCGCCGCGGCAGCAACACGCUGCACCUGGAUGAGCUUAUGGCGCCCACAGAGACAUCGUACUUCAACAAGGCGCUAAAGCCGAAUACGCUCUACAAGGUGGAGGUGCGGUGCUGCAUCGAAACGAUGUGGGGCCGAUGGAGCCGCCCGGUGUACAUCAUCACGCAACCGUGCCUGCAGGUGGAGGUAAGCCGCAUUGGCGAGGAGUGCGCGACAAUAGCAUGGCACAGGCCCCGCGAGGGGCUAACACUUCCUGACGGCGAAGUGGCCGUGAUUGGAGACGAGGAGGAGGUGGGCGGCUCGUAUCAGCUGGAGGUGUCUGGCGUAUGCUUUAACUACGAGAUAUCCAAGCGCUUCAAGGCGUCGCGCACAAGCUACACAGUGAAGCACCUCGACGCGGAUGCACUCUACUCGGUGCGUGUGCGCUCCGGUGAUGGAGUCAACCAGGCUUGCAGCCUGUGGAGCGCCACGACCUGCUUUGCUACGUUGAAGCCGAUCCAGGUGGUGAUGUCAAUGCCGACCGAGCAGUUCAUUCAUGUGGAAUGGCGCCGGCCCACGCAGACAGCCGAGGAGUACGCUGAGCAACUCGAGCAGCAGGCGGGGCCAGCAGUGGCGCCGUCACUGACCCUCGCCACAAAUGCCGCCGGUGUGGAGUCGCAGCAGCAGCAAGACGGCAGCGAGGGCACCCGCAGCGAAUCCAUAUCCCCUGCGGCGUCGGCGCCGCACCCCAGCGGGGUUGUGCAGCUUGGCAACCCCGGCUCUCUCGCGUUCCACGUAUGCGUCUUCAACACGCAGAAGACACCGUCCGUGGCGGUGGUGGACAAACAGUUCCACAAGGACGUGUCGCACUACCGCGUCGGCGGGCUGGUGGCAGACACGCCAUACGCCGUCAUCGUUCGCGCCUGCUGCGAGGCCACCAAUGACUGGGGUCUCUGGAGCGAGGAACGCACCUUCCGCACUCUGAAGCUGCUGGCGCCGACGGUCUCGAGCCUCGGCGAGACGUACGCGGAGCUGACGUGGGAGCGGAGCGAGAGCGAUUCGCGUGGUGCCGGCGGUGGGUCUGUAGGGGCCGCCAGCGCUACUUUAGGCGCGCCGACGCUGCCGACAAAGUAUCUCCUGGUCAUUCGUUCCACGCAGUACGGCAUGCUUGAGCGCGAGAUAUCGGCCGAAGAGUGCCGUACCACGGCGACGCCGAUGCAGGAGGGAUACCUGGAUUCCUCGUACCGCCUGACCCAGCUCCAGCCGGGCACCGAGUACGUCGUCGCACUGCAACCCUGCUAUGGCGGUGGGGACUGGGGCUUGUGGUCACAAGCGGUUACCUUCACUACGUUGUACCCGGUGAGGCUGACGGCGAACAUCAACAAGGAUACGGUGGACCUCAGCUGGGGCCGCUGCCGCCCUUCGUCGGCAGUCGGCUUUGUGGAAGACGUCGACUUUACCGGAGUGGCCACAGUAGGACCUUGCAGUGACAACGCCACUGGCGCGUCCCAGGAGCCCACGGCGGCCGGCUCCCGCUCCGUGUCACGCUACCAGCUCGUGGUGUACUCGGAGGCCGACAUGGAUGCCCUGCAUUCGUGCGCGUCAUCGAUGGAGGACAGCGUGGCGCAGCAGCACUUCUCCAGCUUACUUUUCUUCCCAAGCACGGCAGCCAGUCAGGAGGGCCGCCUUGGCGAACGCAGUAGCGUGGCGGCGUCGUACCAGAGAAGCAGCCUGAAGCACCGGCAGCGGCAGGAAGGGCCUGCAAUCCACACGGCCGCACGACUUCGCAGCAGCCUCAGCGGCCCUCUCGACUCACUGACGAACGCCGUCCAGACGACGAUUCCAGACAUGGAUGUGGCCGCAGUCGUCAACGUGGAUGGUGGCAAAGCGAUGUCUUCGCCCUCCAGGGAAUCGUUCUUCCUAAAGCAGUACGACUUGACGGACGCAGCGGUCUCAGCGCUGCUGCUCAGUCCCCAUCUCCAGGACAACAGCCCCCCCGGCGGCACAUCUGCCCUCGCCGGAAAACGGUCCUCCACCUCCUCUAUGCAUGAGCGCAUCGAGGGGCUCACACCGGACACGACGUAUGUGGCGCGCCUCCGCGCAAUGGACCUAUUCGGGAACUGGGGCACGCUGGUCGAGGUGAGGUUCGUGACACCGCCGCCGGCCCCGACGCAGGUGGCGCUGCGGCGUGUGAAUGCACAGUUUUGCUCCCUGCAGUGGUCCACUCCGGAGGCGCCCGCUGCCGAGACGGAGGCCGCCGCGCCGCGCGGGCGCUACCGCUACGUCAUUGAGCAGUGCUUCGUGCAAACCGAUCGGCCACCGUCGGCCGGCACCGCCAUCAGCGGUGGCGGCGGUGGCGGUGGGGCGAGUGCGCGCAAGGCUGGUGGGGCAGGCGCUUCGAGCGGGCCCGUGCCUUCCCUCGCAGCGGCUGGAUGGCACGUCAUAGACACCGUGGAGGACAUAAACGUCUGCGCUGUACCUAUCAGCGGCCUGCUCUCACGCAUGCGGUGUCGCGUCAAGUGUGCGCGACGCAUUUCGAGGGCGUCCGCGCACGACGUGGGCUCCGGAGCAGUCAGUGCGGUGCCGGUGCCAGACGACCACCUCGGCCCGUACAGCGACUACUCGGAAGCAGUCGCGGUGUCCAGCGGCACCCCGCCAGAGGGCGUGGUGGAUCCACAUCUCACGACGCUGUCGCAGAAUGCCGCCACGCUUGAGUGGCUGCCGCCGCCAAAGCCGUCCGAGACUGCCGCGGGACGCUAUACCCGCCCCGUCUACCGCAUAUACCUGGCGAAUACGGCAGACCAGCCGUACCCUGUGCUGCUCGCCACAGUGCACCGGCCGACGUAUGUUUUGACGAACCUGACGCCGUCCACGACAUACACGGUGCAGAUCGUCGCCGAGAACCCCGACGGCGUGAGCUUCCUUAACCCGAUUCUGCGUUUUCACACCAAGUCCGAGGAGGAUCAGACGGUCUCGCGGCAUGACGAUGACGGCGAUGCAAGCGGUGGGACAGUGGCGAAGGCAGCGCCGCUGGCCGAGCUUGUACCGUUCCAUGGCCUCCGCGCUGCACUGACCGAUGGCGGCGCCGCUGCGGUGGACGGCGGUGCCGACGUCGCUGAUAUUCCUACGGCUGUGCAGCGGUCUGUGCUGCUGCCAACUCCGCCGACCUCUCGUCGGCGACGUGGCGGGCGCGGUGGUGUGGCGGGGCGGGCCCACCGAUCGAGCUCGAAGCGGAAGGCACGCAGUGGCUCAGACCGUGCGAAGGCGCGGGGCUCGUCGGGAGCGACCGAGAGAGGCGGGGGAAAGCACAAACCAGGGACUCGCGGCCGCGCUUCAUCGCCCUUGACCUCGAAGCGACUCAGCAAUGCGGCGUCCGAAACAGCCCGCGAGGCACCGCCGACAACUGGCAGCUUCCUUCCUCAACUGGCUAAGACGUUUUAG